CGGCGCGCGUGGAGUGGUUGGUGACGUAGCGCGCUCCCGCCAGCGGAUCUGCACCGCGCGCCCGCAAGCCGUUUCAGUCGUUCGCCGACGACCGUCUGGGCAGCACCGCGAACAUGAGCGCCUCCUGUGUCUAUGCCAACGGGAUGGAUGGGGGCGGCGGUAGCGGGCAGGAGGGUCUGGUGCUGGACUCCCAGGCCGGCAUGCUGUACGGCGAGUACCUGCAGCUGGACAAGGUCCUUAACGCCCAGCGGCCUCUCAGCGAGCAGAAUGGCGUCGUCGUGCACGACGAACACCUCUUCAUCGUCACCCACCAAGCUUACGAGCUAUGGUUCAAGCAGAUUAUAUACGAGCUGGAUUCUGUCAGAGCCAAAUUCAACACAGAAGACUUGGUGCUUGACGAAACGCAGUCUUUAGAAAUUCUGAAGCGAAUGAGUCGGAUUGUCCUAAUUCUGAAGCUUCUGGUGGACCAGGUGAUGAUUCUGGAGACAAUGACGCCUCUGGAUUUCAUGGAAUUCCGUAAUUACCUGUCACCGGCCUCCGGCUUCCAGAGCCUGCAGUUCAGACUUCUGGAGAAUAAACUUGGCGUCAAACAGGAACACAGAGUGAAAUACAACCAGAAGUACUCCAGGGUGUUCGGACACGACCCAGAAGCCAUCAAGGCCAUCGAGAAGUCAGAGAAGGAACCAUCACUUGCGCAGCUGGUCCAGCGCUGGCUGGAACGCACUCCCGGUCUGGAGGCAGAGGGCUUCAACUUCUGGGGAAAGUACCGGAGAACCGUUGAGAUCCUUCUGGAGCAGCAGCGGAAAGCAGCAGAGGAAGAAGAAGUUGACGUCAUCCGGAACCAGCGCCUCCUCGAUUACGAAAGGCGAAAAGAUGUGUUCGAGUCGAUCUUCGACCCUGCUAUGCACGCUGCCCUAGUCGCACGAGGAGAAAGGCGGUUCUCCCACAAAGCCCUGCAAGGCGCCAUCAUGAUUACCUUCUACAGAGACGAGCCACGCUUCAGUCAACCUCAUCAGCUGCUUAUGCUCCUCAUGGACAUCGAUUCCCUUAUCACCAAAUGGAGAUAUAACCAUGUCAUAAUGGUGCAACGGAUGAUUGGAUCUGCACAGCUUGGUACAGGAGGUUCCUCAGGUUAUCAGUAUCUCCGAUCUACUCUCAGUGAUCGCUACAAGGUCUUCCUGGAUCUAUUCAAUCUGUCUACAUUUCUUAUACCUCGAGCCUAUAUACCACCACUUACAAGACACAUGAAAAGCAAGUUAUCCGUUUCCUUAGACCGACAGCAGCAUGAAAAAGAAGAUUAUAUUGACGGUGAAGAUUUGAAUAUAUUCAAUAAACAAUUUGCAGAAGCUUCUUUAUGAUUACCAUUUGUAAUACAAUUUCCUGUAUAACCAAAAUAUAUUUAUGGUGUUCAUGAUGUA